AUGGGCCUGCAUGGAUCCAGGCCUCAGAAACAAGCACAGGUCCUGAUGCUGGGUCUGGACGGAUCAGGAAAGACCACACUGCUCUAUAAGCUAAAGUACAACGAGAGCGUGGUGACCGUUCCAACUGUAGGCUUCAACGUGGAGACACUGGAGACCGACAGGAGCAGCCCUGGCCUGACGGUCUGGGAUGUGGGGGGCCAGAAGAAGAUGAGGCCCCAUUGGAGACAUCACUAUACUGAUACAGCGGGACUGGUGUUUGUGGUGGACAGCUGGGAUCAGAAACGUCUGGAGGAGGCCCGCAAGGAACUUCAUCGGGUCCUAAAGUUCGAGAGUCUUAGAGGAGUUCCUCUCGUGGUUCUUGCCAACAAACAGGACCUUCAGGCAGCUCUAAGCCCAGAAGAGCUUUGCCGGACACUGGACUUGAGAAGAGUGUGCGAGGGCAGGCCCUGGUUCAUCCAGCCCUGUUCAGCUACCACCAGCGUGGGACUAGAGGAAGGUUUCAGGAGGAUAGUCUAUCUGAUGAAGACUCCAUUUAAACAGACUCAAGAAGAUUUUAAGAUUAAAAUGAAGUCCAAGGGCUUCAGUAUCACAGAUGUUAAAGAAGCCUUGCUCUGUAGCAGAUGA